AUGGAAAAUAAUAGAUUUUAUUCAAAUCAAUCAUGUUAAAGAGAAUUAGAGUAAUAACUUAAAGAUUCAUUUUUAGAAAUUAAACUCUUAAAAUAAGAGAAUAAAUAUUUGUAAUUGAUUGAUUUAAUUAUUAUAUAGAUCAUCUACUUUUGAUGAAUUUAAAUUAAAAUAAGAAGAAACUAGAAAAUUAUAAUCUUUAGUAGUUGAAUUAGAAUAAAGAGUAUUAUCUUUAGAAGAAGAUAAUGCUAAAUUGGAAGCUGAAAUAGGAUAUCUGUAAAAAUAUCAAAUAAUAUUUAUUAGAAGAGGAUUUUCAUAAAGCAAAGAAAUAUAAGUGAAUUAAAAAGCUAGUUAUGCAUAAUUAGAAUAAGAAUUAUAAGAUUUAUAGAUAUAUUUAAGAAAAUUUAUAUAGUUAUAAGAAUUGUAAGUUAUUUAAAAUAUUUUUUAUAGUUUGAUUGAACAAGUACCUAAUAUUAAUUUAUAAUUAUGUUGGAAAGAAAUUAAUUAGAUAUUUAAAAAUUAAUUUAAUACUAAUUAAUAAAUUUAGAAUUUGUAAGAUGAAUUAAAAUUAAUUGAGACCACAUAUAAAGAACUUGUUCAUUCUAAAGAUAAUAAUUUGACAUCUUUAUAAGAAAUGGCUAAAUGUAUAAAUAAAUUAUAUAUAAUUUAGAAUAAAGUAUUAGAGAAUCAAGAGUAGAAAUAGAAAGAAUAAGAAAAGAAGUAUAAUUAAAAUAGAUGGAUGUAAAGUAAUCAGAAACUAAAUUAAGUGAUUUAUAAAAUGAAUUUACUUAUAUUAGUAAAAUAGAAACAAGAAAAAACAAUGUUUAAUUAGAAGCUGAAAAAUAAUUAAUUGAAUUUAGAAGAGGUAUUUCUACUACUAAAAAUUCUAAUCAUAAUGUAUCAUUAUUAAGAGACACAUUCAAAGAAAGAGAUACUUAUAAAGAAAUGAUACCUGAAAGAUUAAGAGAUUAAUCAGAUGUACUUCCAGUUACUUCUUCAAUAAAGAGAUUGAAUAGACCUUAUAUUGAAAUAAAUGAUAGAUUUGAUGAUUAUCAAGAGGCAACCAAAACUCCAAUAGAAAAAACUAUUGAUUAAACUAGAAAGAAAUUAAGUCGACAAUUAAGUUAAGCAAGUAGUCUUCGUGAUUAAAAAUAUAUUUGA